AUGGGACAGAUGGCCACAGAGCCAAACGUUCUACCGCAUAUUUUUAGGACAAGCAAGAUCUUUGAUGAUGUCGAUGCUUCUACACAGUCUGAACUAGAUAAAAGCAUUGAGAGUAGAGUAAUUUCAGGGUUGGAGUCCGUUGCUGGUCUAUUUGAUGACGUCCAUCUCUUGAGAAGCCUCGGAAUCAUUGGAGAGAAUAAUUACUUUUACAGAAAACUAAACAAAGGAGGUGUUUGCUCCAAGGUCUGGCUGGUGUCUUUGGUUUUGUCUCUGAGAAAAUACUUUGCAGAUAUCUUCCAACUUGCCGUAUCUAGGUCAAGGCUAAAAAAAGAGGAGCAGCAUUUCAAGCACUGCGCUUCUAGCCCGCUACGGAAAGUGCUGUGUGAGAAGAUUUCUUUGAAGAUCCAAGAAAUUGAUAAAAGGCUAAGAUUGACAACUCUGGAGCUACUUCAAACUGUAGCAUACCUCCUGCUAGUCGUUGUUGAUGUAUUUGCCAUAAAACUAAGCGAAAAGUGGAAGCGCAUUUUGGACAGAAGUUCAGGAUUCUUUACGGUGUUGAAGUUUCUAGUUUUGAGCGUUUCCUCUACUGUAAGUUAA